AUGACGGAUAAGCUCGCGUUGCUUGCAUUCAAGGCUGCAAUAACUAUGGACCCUUUUGGGGCACUGAAUUCAUGGAACUAUACAACUGACCACUGUCAAUGGCACGGUGUCAUGUGUGGUCGCCUACACCGCAGAGUCACAAGAUUAGACCUACAAGCCUUAAAGCUUUCAGGAUCCAUCUCCCCUCAUAUUGGAAAUUUGAGCUUCUUGAGAGUCCUGAUGCUCAUCAACAAUAGUUUUCAUCAUGAAAUCCCACAACAAGUCAGCCAUUUGCAUAGUCUACGUGUCUUGCAAUUAUCCAUCAACACAUUAGAAGGCAAAAUCCCAAGAAACUUGUCGAGUUGCUCUCACCUUAGGUUGCUCUGCCUUGUUGACAACCGGCUGGUUGGAGAAAUUCCCAUCGAGUUCGGUUCUUUAGUGAAGCUUCAGCUUCUUGGCUUAGGUAAGAACUAUCUAAUGGGAACUAUUCCUUCAUCCAUUGGAAACAUGUCAUCGUUAGAGCGUCUUGGUCUCGCUUGGAAUGAGGUGGGUGGGAACAUACCCCAAGCUCUGAGAAAAUUAACCAAACUCAAAGUGCUUCAAUUUGAAGUAAAUAGGUUGUCAGGCACAAUUCCUCCAUCUAUCUUCAAUCUUUCUUCCAUAAAGGUGUUCGAAAUCGGUGUUAAUGAUAUAGGAGGGAAUCUUCCUGCCAAUAUAGGCUUUGCUCUUCCAAACAUUGAGAUUUUCACCAUUGGGGAUAACCGAUUCACUGGAUUGAUUCCUCAGUCAAUGUCUAAUGCAACCACUUUAAGGUGGCUACAAGUAGAUGGGAACAUACUCUCGGGGAAAAUGCCUCCUUUGGACCGCUUAAACAUGCUCGAAAUAUUGAGUGUCGGUAAUAAUUAUCUUGGAAGUGGAGGAUAUAGUGAUUCAAGCUUCUUUUGCUCAUUGACUAACACCACCUUUCUAGUGGUGUUGUCUAUACAAAACAAUAGCUAUGGCGGGACGUUGCCCGAGUGUAUUGGUAAUUUCUCUAAUACUCUCUUAGAAUUGUGGCUGGGCAGGAAUCUACUAUUUGGCAUGAUUCCCAAAAUAGUCGGAAAUCUCAUCAACUUGCAAAGGCUUUUUUUGGACCACAACAGGUUUUCAGGUACGCUCCCCUCCGUUCUGGGAAAUCUUAAUAAUUUAGUGGAAAUGAAACUAUCGUAUAACAAGUUUUUCGGAGCAAUUCCUUCUUCAUUGGGAAACCUAGUAAACCUAGCACGACUCCAUCUCGAUCACAAUAACUUUCAUGGCUACAUUCCUUCAUGUCUAUCGGAGUGCCGAAAUUUGGUGGAACUUGAUCUAUCUAGUAACAACUUAAAUGGAACUAUACCACCAAAGUCCAUAGGCCUCUCAUCACUAUCUAUACUUUUGAACUUGUCUCGAAACCAUCUCACCGGUGUCCUACCUGAGGAAAUCGGGAAAUUGAAUCUUUUGGCUCGACUGGAUGUCUCCAAAAACAUGUUGGAUGGCCACAUUCCGACUAGUCUUGGCAGUUGUGUUGGAUUGGAGGUGCUCAAAAUGCAAGAGAAUUCUUUCCGAGGCACCAUUCCUUCAUCUAUGAGUAUGUUGAGGAAUCUCAAUGAGAUAGAUCUUUCACACAAUAAUUUAUCUGGUCAGAUUCCAAAGUUUUUUGAGGCUUUUCACUUCUUGGAGAACCUAAAUUUGUCAUACAAUAACUUUGAAGGCACAUUGCCGACUAAAGGAAUCUUUAAUAUUGUUAGCGCUACUUUUGUCUCUGGAAAUGACAAGCUUUGCGCAAGAUUGCCCGAAUUUCGUCUCCUGAAAUGCAACUCUAGAAACUCAGGCCGAAAACUAUUCCUUAAGUGGAAGCUCACCAUCUUGAUUUCCUUCGGCGUUCUUGGUAUAGCUCUUCUUCUUGCUUUUAUGUACUUUGGUUGGUUGAAGAAGAAGAAAAGAACAGAGCUACCUUCAAAUUCCAAAGAUGAUUCAUCAGGCGUCCUUGAUGAGAAUGGAACCGUGAUUGCUGUGAAGGUGCUUAAUUUGAUGCUUCAUGGUGCUGUGAGGGGCUUCAUAACAGAGUGCGAGGCUUUAAGGAACAUUCGACACCGUAAUCUUUUGAAAGUCCUAACAGUAUGCUCAAGCACUGAUUAUAGUGGCAAUGAGUUUAAGGCGUUGGUUUAUGAGUUCAUGGUUAAUGGUAGCCUAGAAGAUUGGCUACAUCCAAGCCCAUCACCAGCUAAUGUAGAUGGGAAUGUGCAAAAAUUGAGUCUCAUCAAGAGGAUAAAUAUUUCCAUCGAUGUUGCUUCAGCAUUAGAUUAUCUCCAUAACAACCUACAAAGCCCUGUUAUCCAUUGUGAUUUGAAGCCAAGCAACAUCCUACUAGAUGCUGAAAUGGUUGGACAUGUUGGAGACUUUGGUUUGGCGAAGAUCAUGAUUGAAUCUCCCAAUGACACUAAAGCGAGUAUGAGCUCUGCUGGUGUAAGAGGAACUAUCGGCUAUGCUGCUCCAGAAUAUGGAAUGGAAAGCACGGCUUCAAGAGAAGGUGAUGUUUAUAGUUAUGGCAUUCUCUUGCUUGAGAUGUUCACAGGCGUGAGUCCAACAAAUGAAAUGUUCAGAGAAAAUUUUAACCUUCAUAAGUUCGUCAAGGAAGCCUUGCCUGAACAACUCCUAGAGAUUACUGAUCCUCUUCUACUUCAAGAAAUGGAGAGCCACAAGGGCAUGGGCAGAGGUGAUGCAGCUCGCGAUUUUCUGGAGAUGGUUUAUAGAAUUGGAGUCGCCUGCUCGGUCCAAGCACGCAGAGAGCGGAUGAACAUCACAAAAGUCGAAGCUCAGCUACAUUUUAUCAGGGAUAAACUUCAUGCAGCCGGUUUCCAAGGAUAG